AUGAAGUCGCUCCUGAUCUCCUCGCUCCUCCUGCCGCUAGCAACGGCCGUUGCGGUCCCGGAACGGGCUGCUAAGGUUGACUACAGAGGUUACAAGGCCCUGCGUGUCGACGUGGGCUCUGACGAAGCGGUCACGGCGAAGCUGUCGCAGCUCGCAGCCCAUGUGCUCAACCCUGGCACCACCGGGCCUAUCGAUGUCGUAGUCGCCCCUGAUUCGGUAUCUGCCCUCAAAGAGCUUGGCGUGAGCAGCACCGUGAUCGACGAGGAUGUUGGUGCGAGUAUCGCUGCUGAGGGAGAGCUUUCCCAAGCUCUCGCCGUUCCUGAUGCGUCCUGGUUCACGGCCUACCACCCAUAUGCCUCCCACCUGACCUUCCUAAACGACCUUCAAGCCAGCUUCCCGAACAACUCCGAGAUUUACACCAUUGGCGCAUCGAUUGAGGGCCGUGCUCUUACAGGCAUUCACCUAUGGGGCAGCGGUGGCAAGGGUUCCCAACCCGCCGUUGUCUUUCACGGAAACGUCCACGCUCGCGAAUGGAUCACAUCCAAGACGGCAGAAUACAUCGCCUACACGUUGCUUACCCAGUACGGGUCAGAUGCCGAUAGCACGGCCCUGUUGGACAGGUUCGACUUCUACAUUACUCCCGUCGUGAACCCUGAUGGAUUCGUUUACACCCAGACCUCGGACCGCCUGUGGCGCAAGAAUCGGCAGACCGUCAGCGGUAACACGUGUGUCGGCCGUGAUAUCAACCGUAACUGGCCAUACCAGUGGGCUGUCACAGGAGGUGCAUCAACAAACCCUUGCACCGAGACCUAUAAGGGCCAAGCGGAAAAUGACGCUCCAGAAACCCAGGGGCUUGUUGCUCAGAUCCUGGAGCUCAAGGAAUCCAGUGGUAUCUCUCUGUACAUUGACUUGCACUCAUACGGCCAAUACAUUCUGUGGGCUUAUGGCUACGAUUGCGACGCCAUUCCCGAGAACAAUGCUGCCCUCUCGUCCGCAGCCACCGCCGCCAAGACUGCCAUCUCAGGCGUCUCUGGGACGACGUACACGAUAGGACGAUCCUGUGACACGCUGUACCCCACCACCGGAUCCAGCGUGGACUACGUCGAUGCCGUUGGCAACGCAACGCUUAGCUACACCUACGAGCUCAGGGACUUGGGAACAUACGGCUUUGUGCUGCCGGCUGACCAGAUUCUGCCGACGGCCGUGGAGACCUGGGCUGGGAUUGUGGCUAUGCUCGAGAGGGCUUGA